UCGCGGACACUUGACCGCACCGCCAGCACAGGACGGCUCGCGCACUGUUUCCAACCAGUUGUGUUUGUUUUAAUUUACCAAAGUAAUCAACCGUUAUGGACAGAUAAAGUACAUUCAGGUCGUCCGUCACUCACCGCGCUGAAUUAACGUGAGGAAACUGUCAUCAGAGGGCUACAUGACUGCAUAGGCACAUCUCUGUGAAAUUUUGCCUUUAUGGGGUUUGGUUCUUCACGUUAGGAUUGUAUGUGGGAAAACCUCUGCAAGUAUCUGACUGAAAUCCAGUAACAAUCCAAGGACUGCAUGAAAGAAACCAAAGAGAUACACUGUCAACAACUGGCAGUGCACUAGACAAGAAGGCUCUAAAACAAGGGAAUACAAAACAGACACCAACAACUCUGCAAAGGAAACGGAACAACCAGCAAACUCUUUUGUUGUCUUCUCUUGUGAUUUGUCCCCCCAAAUCACCAAAGCUCAGUGCUUUUACUAAACAUGUGUCAGAAAGGAAGGUCAACACAUAAGUAAAGAUGAACCCAUAUGUCACUUCUCACUUCAGGAGGGAUCUCUUUCCCCAUUUCCAUUUGUUGUAGACUUUUGUCUACUUUGCUAUUACUGGUUGCCUGAAAUGGCUUCUUCCAUAUUUGCACAGUUACAGCUGUAACUUUUGUCAAAUGUUUUUUAGUUCCAUUUGUACUUAGAACACUUCAGGGUCACGCUUGGGGGGUUGAUUCUGUCCGUUAUUCCAAAGAGACUGGAUGUGAUACUUUCUGUGCUUUAACUCAGUAGUAGAGUUCUCUGGAAAUGGUUGGGCAAGGGAUGCUGAGUAAGAGACCACAGCCCACAAUCCCAGUUACGCUCUCAGCCUCCUUAGUUCUCAGCUCUUCUCCUUCUGUGGCAUAGAACUGAUCUAUCAACCUUGGCACCAGACCACCAGAGAAAUGUAGAAAACUUCCUCAGGUGACCUGUGUACUUACCUUUUCCAUCCAUAUAAAUCUUCCACUUAAAGCUAAAAACAUGAGUAAUGUUGGAGAUGGAUCAAAGUAAUCUCUCUCUGUUGUUUUCUUCUCUUCUUCUUAUCUUUUGUCAGGCAUAGGUGAAUUCUCAGCCGUAAUGCUGAGCUGUAAUGAGGUAUGUCUGUUCUGAGAGACUAACUGUUGCAGAUGAUUGCUAACAGCCGUGUAGUUCAGGUCAAUAUUAUCCAUGCAACAGUCAGUACACAAAGCAAGUCUUCUCCAAAUUGACAAUGGCCAUCAAACAUAUAUGCAGACCUUUAGAAAGAAAAUGUGAAAUUGUUAAAGCAGUGACAUGACUGAACAGGAAAUGACAAACAAAAUCUGUUUCAAUUGGGCCCCUUUUGUUGGGCAGAAGUGUCAUUUCCCUGACUUGUGAAGACCAAUACAAGGUCUAGUCAGCUGAAACAGAUACGCUGUAUUCAGCACUUUAUCCAAGAUGUAUUUGUACUGAAUUAUGAUUGAUGAACAAUGUCUGUAGGCAUUUAAAUUUCUGAACAUGCUGUAUUCUUUGUUUCCUCAUGCCCAUACCAAGGGGUUGUGAAACUGGGAUGAACUUUGAUCGUAAGAUUUGGCAUGUUUUUUUUUUUUUUUAAUCUUUUUUGACUGCAUGUUGGAAAUGUUUUUAUCAUAUCGUCCUGUUGGAAAUUAAUUUGGACUUGUCUGUCUUAUUCAGCUGAUUUGCAGCUUGUCACAAUAUUAUAAAGGGUACCUUAUAGUGACCUGUAAAUCCUGAAAAUGUCUCCAUCUCAAUCCUCUUGCUCCAUUGCAUUGUCAGUUUAUUAAUACCUGCUUGAGGCUUUCCUUUCAUUGUUUUGAACUGAACGAGACCAAUCCUGCAUGCUCCUGUGAUGUCUGUUGAGUCAACACAGCCCUGCUACUCCUUGUCAAACCAAUUAUUGCAAACAGGGGAGCACAGAAAUAGAUUCCUUAGGCUACUGGUUACUCCUUCUUUUCAGCUCAUGGUACUUUGCUUUCUUCAGUGAGUAUGAUUUAACUGGUUUGUUAAUGAAUGUAUCCGUGGACCUAUUUCAACAAAGCCCACUUUGUUUGCUGAGGGAUCAAUAACUGAAAGGAUAGACUGUCCUGAGAAACAGCAGUACAGCUUGCAAAAAGGACACUGAAACAAGUGACCGAUCAAUGUCCUUGGACGGGACUAUCCUCUGGGUUAUCUUUGGCCCCUAUGGACCUACAAUUAUCUCUUUAAGAGGAAAAACUGGCUGUGUUGUUAGCACUUCAUUUAAUUUCACUGACUGCAUCAAGGUGCAUCAACAGUCAAAUCAAGGCUCACUGAGAAAUACUGAGAAACUGUGAACUUCUCCAUAACAGAGAGGAAACUUUCUAGUAUAUAAUGGGAGCGGCACGUGUGAAACGCCGCUUCAGUGCUGUGGUUGAUGGGCCAGUGGAGGAGGAGGAGGUCAUGAGGCUGGCGCAGAGUGCUGCAGAUCCGGCUAGGGCAGGGGGGAGCCCAACAGGGUCUGGGACCCCAACCAGCCCCUCCCCGACCCAUGCCCUCAACGGCAAAGCUCUACCUCUUCAGAGCAACACCAACAAUGCACGGAGGCAGAGUGCCAUCGGAGAGUUAGUCGGAGGAGAUGCAGGAGGAGAAGGCGGGGUGAGAACAGGAGGAAAGUGCUCAGGGCUAAGAAGUGGAAGAGGCAGUAGUGGAGGAGGAAGAGGGGAAGGCCAUUCAUCCUCAGACCAGGAUUCACUCUCUUCCCCCUUCAGUACCAGCCGCCGGCGCACUAGGCGCUCAAGCCGCCGGCCCCGACAACGCUUUGUGGGCAAGGACGGACGCUGCAACGUCACCUUCGUCAACAUGAGCGAGAGGGGCCAGCGGUACCUCAGUGACCUCUUCACCACCUGUGUGGACAUCCGUUGGCGCUGGAUGCUGGUCAUCUUCACCCUCUCCUUCCUUCUCUCCUGGCUACUUUUUGGAUUUGCCUUCUGGCUCAUUGCCUCCGCGCAUGGGGACCUCUCCAUUCGGCUUUCCCCCAGCUCAGGUGCCUCUCUGGGAUCAGGAGAGUCCAGUUCUGGAGGAGAGUCUGAUAGAGAGACAGUUGUUGAGGAGCCGUGCUUCCUCCAGGUGAACAGCUUCAUGGCGGCCUUUCUUUUCUCUUUGGAGACGCAGACAUCCAUCGGUUACGGAUUCAGAAGCGUGACCGAAGAAUGUCCCCUGGCGGUGGUGGCGGUCGUUUUGCAGUGCAUCGUGGGCUGCAUUAUCGACGCCUUCAUCAUCGGGGCAGUCAUGGCAAAGAUUGCCAAGCCCAAGAAGCGCAAUGAGACACUGGUGUUCUCGGAAACAGCUGUGGUGGCACUAAGGGAUGGGAAACUCUGCAUGAUGUGGAGGGUUGGAAACCUACGCAAGAGCCACCUGGUAGAGGCACACGUCAGAGCACAACUACUGAAGCCAAGGGUGACACCAGAGGGAGAGUUCCUCCCACUGGACAACGUAGACAUCAAUGUGGGUUUUGACACUGGUACUGACCGCAUCUUCUUGGUCUCACCUGUUACGAUUGUCCAUGAGAUCAAUGAUGAGUCACCCUUCUUUGAGAUGGACCGAAAGACACUGGAGAGUGACUCUGAGUUGGAGGUAGUGGUCAUACUCGAGGGAAUGGUGGAGGCCACAGCCAUGACCACACAGUGCCGUAGCUCCUAUCUGGCUUCCGAAAUCCUCUGGGGACACCGCUUUGAACCAGUGUUGUUCGAGAGGAAAGACUGCUACCAGGUGGAUUACUCGUUCUUCCAUCGGACAUACGAAAUCCCUAACACACCUUCAUGCAGUGCUAAAGAGCUGGUCGAGCAAAAAUACAUUCAAAGCUCACGUUCCUCAUUCUGCUAUGAGAACGAAGUGGCUCUGCAACUCGCUUCCCCUGAUGAUAAGCCUGACCAAGACCCUGAGUGUCCCUCCCCACCGACCCAAAGGCCAUCCCUGGCAGACCAUCUCCACUACAACUGAACUUGAUGGACUGCAGGCCUCAAGGGAAAAGAGGCAGGGAGUUGUACUAGGAGUUUAGAGGAAGUACAGACAUAAAGAGGGGCUUAGACUGGAAGGAAAGAGCAGGAGAAAGAGAGACAGGAUUAAGUGGAUAGGGCCAUGAUUUUGUCAUUUUCAGGACUGUUUACAGUGAUUGGACAGGAAAGAAAGUCCAGAACAGGGGUUAGUUAAGAGAUCAUUAGAAGUUUGUAAGAUUUAAAUAGGCACAAUUGGCACAGAUAAGAAGAUUUUUUAGAGAAAUAGAAAGGAAAAGGACAGAUAGAGCAAGGAUGUAAGGUUUCGGGUCAGUCCAAUGGGGAUAUGAGUUACUACACUGGCCGAGUUGUCUGAUUGGUCCUGGCAAUCUUUCAUAAUCAUUGAAAACUUGUCUGCUGAGUCUCACAUCUGGCCCAUCACUAUCACAGCACUCGCAUCUGGCUCUAAUGCCUGUCUGGCAGGGUAUGCAACAGCACCCCAUGGUGGCUCUAGCCUGCAAUGGCACCUCCUUUUUACGUGAUCCUGGAGAAAAUUUGACCUCUAUUUUAGGUCCCUUUUGUAUGCAAUAAAUAGUAGUGUGCUUACUACUCAGGAAUGUACUCCACUAUGAUGCUGACUUAUCACUUUAAUGUUUUAUUUUCUCAUGGUAAGUAUGGAUAGUGCACAUUUUGUGAUACUUUGACCUUGGGAGGCUGUUGAGAAUGUAGUUGAGUAGUAGGCGAGCAACAGUAACAUGGAGAAACAGCUGAAAACUAGCAGCGGUUUUGAGCAGUUUCUUUCCCAUGUAAUGUACUGUAUGUUGUUUGGGUUUUUGGGGGGCUUUUUUUCAAUGUGUCAUGCAAACACUGUUCAUUGAGGGUAAUGUUUUCUUUACUUAAUCCACCAUUUUGUGUUGAGUUGAAUGCCAUCAGGUUAGAGGGAGCAUUGAAGUGUUAGUCAUCUUCACUUCGGUGAUACACGAUGACAGAUGACAUUAGAUGUGUCCAGACCAGUUAAUCACCUUACCUUCUUUCUUGCACUACUAUCUACAGUAUUGUUUCAUGUUCUCUGUUGCUAAAAUCAACCACAUUGUAUUGUUUUGCUCUGUUACUUUUGGAUUCCAGUAGUUAGCGACUUAACUAGGACAUUAUAAUCUUUUAAGUGUCUUGACACUUGGGUGACCUUUGAUGUUUUGGGCUGAAUCCAAAAGGAAUUGCUCUCAUUGACUCAAUGCAGUGGAAGCCUGCAGAUACAUCCAACAGCACUAGAACAGUAUUGCGUUUAAGUGGAUGAGGUGUUAUGAAGAUAAUGACAAAUGACUUACUUACAUCUCUGAGAGUAAAACAGCUAUCUACCAGCUGCACAAAUGAGGAUAAGGAUCAAACUGGAAACCAGAUGACGUUCAUAGAAAAUUGUUCUGUAUUUUUUGUGCCCAUAAAAUCAUGUAACACCCUCCCAGAUCUGAUGUGUUACUGUUGGUUUCUCUCACAAAAUGUGAGAACAGUGUAAUGGGUGGUGCCUUCAUAACAAACUACAGGUUUUGCAACUGGCAUCUGCAAUAGUUACUGUCAUGUUUAAAAUAUGCUUAUUUUUAUUGUAUGUAUUUGCAUAAUGGUAUUUAUGCAAGAGGUUUUUUUUCACCUUAACAUUUACAGUAUCUUUCUCUAAGUAGACAAAAUGUCUAUGCAAAUAAUUACUGUGAAUCUGCUCAGUGACUGAGUAGUGUAUAAUCAUGCACUGAUAACAGAAAGAUGCUUUUAGCUGUGUAUAAGGUAGACUAUGUCAUAGUUGCACUUUGUAGGCAUAUUGCAGAGCACCUGAAAUGUUCUUGUUUAUUUUAGAUUCUGUAAUAAUUUACAGAAAAUUAUGCCACCUGAGUAUUUAGAGUUUGAUUAUAGAAGAUGUUGGUAAAAGAAGGAAGGAGUGUCAGGAAUGCAUCUUGAUAUUUGACCAAUUUGACCAAUAAUCAGCUUGUUCAACACACAAACUGGGAACUUGUUCUUUGUACUUUGCACUAUAUGGAGACUAAUAUCAUUGAAGAAGCUCUACAACAGCACAACAGUGUUGCUGGAUCAGCACAAGUUAACCUCAAGGCAUCAAUCGCAGUGUUUCACUUGUGUUAUUGGAACGAUAUUCUGCGGUUACCUCAGGGGGAUGAGGCAUUGAUGACAUAUUAUCUGUUACAAUUAAUGUUAAUGCUGUUCUGUGUUUGUGUCUUCCCUCACACUUCUCCUUUAUGGCUACCAUGUUCUAUUUAUAGGCUGCACGGUGGGUCAUGUCGUUCACCCUGCCUCCAUUUCCAUGAAAUGUAACUUGAACUUAUAGCACCAUCACUUUAACUAUGAUAGCACUUUUUAAAACACCCCAGAAAGAAACAGACAGAUGGAUUAUUUGGUUAUUUCACUGUUGCUUAGGAUUCACUUCUCACAGUAAACAUACUAGAUUUUUUAAAAUCAUAGGUAUUUAUAAUAUACAUAAUGUAAAAUACAUAGUAAACAGUAAUACUAUACACAGCACAUUUUUAAUAAAUAAGCAAAAUGAAACCAUUUACAGCUGUAGCUACCUUUCCUUGGUUAUUUUUUUUAAAGUAAAGGGAAACCUCUUUACUUUAAACAUCUCUGCUCCAACACUGAAAUGUAAUUACAGAGCUGCCUCGGGCACAGAGCAUUUCCAAGUGAAGCUGAACUGUGUUGUAGAGCAAAUAAAACAGGGAUUGAACUGCAAUUACGGGUUGAUUCUUUCUUUAUUCUCUCUGUAGCCCACCUUGCAGUUCAUGCUGCAAGUCUAUAAGUCUCUUACAGAUGCAAAACAAGUGACCAAAUCUUGUUUUGUCACAGAGGGAAGUGCAAAAAAUGUUU